ACUUCAGUUCACAACGCAAUACCGGCCGCAUUCGCUACAUUGGCUUUGCCCGCCGACCAGGAACUCCCAAAAACCAAAAACGUGUUAUCGCCCACUUAGAUCAAAUCCAACCUCAAAGAACCGAAAAUGGCGCAGACGUUCCAGAUGACCAGCGAACAGCUCCGCGAGCUGAUCGACGCAGUGCGGGUGUCCGCCGAAAGUGCCGCCGGAAAGGCGGCCACCGCGGCCGGGGAAGCACAGGCCUCCACCUCCAAGGGGAAGGGCAGCUUCUCGGCCUGCACACACAGCUUCGGCGGAACCCGCGAUCACGACGUGGUCGAGGAGUUCAUCACCAACAUCAAGAUCUACAAGGAGCUGGAGGACAUCAGCGACGAGAACGCCCUCAAGGGAAUCUCGCUGCUGUUCUACGGACUGGCCUCCACUUGGUGGCAGGGCGUCCGCAGGGAGGCCGAGACCUGGAACGACGCCAUCGCCCUCAUCCGGGAACACUUCUCGCCCACCAAGCCCGCCUACCAGGUCUACAUGGAGUUCUUCCAAAAGAAGCAGGAGGACAGCGACCACAUCGACACCUUUGUGGUCCACAAGCGAGCGCUGCUGGCCCAGCUGCCCAGCGGUCGCCACGACGAGGAGACGGAACUGGACCUGCUCUACGGUCUGCUGAACAUCAAGUACCGCAAGCACAUUUCCCGCCAAGCUGUCCAGACCUUCAAGGACCUGCUCGAGCAGGGCCGCAUCAUCGAGCACAACAACCAGGAGGACGAGGAGCACUCCGCCACGGCGAAGAACGUGAAGGGUGCGCGUCGCACCACCCGCUGCACCUACUGCAACUUCCGGGGACACACCUUCGACAACUGCCGCAAGCGUCAGAAGGAUCGGCAGGAGGAGAACCACGACGAGUAGGCGAACAACACACCAGCACACCAAGUAGGCAAAACCAGUCACCACAUGACAUCAUCCCCGGUGGCUACGCCUCUCAAAACUAUUCAGAACUUUUCGUCGCCCCACUGGCCGUUCGACGUCAGCGAGAGCCCAACAACCGAGGAGAGAGGGAGCAACAUGUGCGGCAGCAACACCACCAGCAGCAACAUGUACGGCAGCAACAUGUACGACAGCAACAUCAGCCGCUACACCAGCAACAUUCCGCCGGCAAUCCCGAACUCUUCAAACUCACUGGCAAUAGGCGUGUCGGUAGGCCUCGAUUAGCUUCUGCCCCCCUAAAAAAAUCACGCUGUUUAUACUGCACUUCGUAGUAUCCCCCAACAACGGCUCCACAAAAUCAAAUACUUCACGCCGCCCUGCGGCUAUUUUGGCAAAGAACGCCAACUGUCCAACCAGCAAUUUUUUCAAUUGCAAUUUUGAAUUUGAACUUGAAACUCAACAACAAGCAAAGUGCAUCGAGAACUAUGAGAAUCGAGCGGCUGAGGAUCAGGCAUCUCGUCCAGAAGUUCGGGUAUUUGCAAUGGAGAACUGUUAAGUUUGAUGCCGAAACGGACGGUUAAGUGCUCUUGGCGACAGCUAAGGGCAUGAAACUGCUUUUGGUAACAAGCUUUAUGGUUCCACAUUGCCUCCUCGAACGGAUGUUGUUUGAUCUUCAGCCGCCCAGAUUUCCCGUACAUUCUCACCCCCGCCGGCUCCACUUUGUGCCGGUCAGCGAAAGAUAAGCGAUGAGUUGGUUAACCAGAGAGGAGAUUACUAUAUUUUUCAGUGUAGUGAUCAACUCUCUGGUAACCCUUUUUCGCUUACUUUUUCGACUGAUCCUGGUCCUUUGUGAAGCUGGCAAAAAACCCCCCGCCUGGUGACCGCCCGCUUAGAUCCUUUUGCAUGUCUCAUCGACAGCCCCGAGGGGCGGAGAUCCCCAUUUCCGGUGGUGGCUUCGGCUGCUGCCUGUUUUGGGUGUCGCCACCUUUCGCGAUGUCCCUGGUGCGAGUGGAGCUACAGCGGGCGUGAGCCGGGCAAAACCUAAAUUUCCUCGGAAAUUUAAAAACCAACCAACCAAUUUGACAUUUGUCAAAUCAAUCGUUUACGUACAUCGCACUACGAUGGCUCCCGAUUCGCCGUUCGUGCGGUUGGCACGCCAAAUUGUCCCAUUCGGGAUCAUGGGUGUAGGGCUGUUUAUGAUUUCACCCCUGCGAUCCCGCGGCAAGCUUGAGGCACGCCAGAACCAACAAAAACCAGAGCAAAAGCUCCGGGCUGGGAGACGCCACUGCCACGCCCCUCCAGCUGGCACUGACUCUCUCCGCCCCCAUGUAAAACCGGUCACUUGUGCAGAUGACAUAGGCGCCUAUAGCCAUCCGCCCCGGAAUCAUUCCGGAAAAUGGGGGCCGAACUCAAAACGUGCGCCACAAACUGGAGUGUUGGCCACAAGCACAUCGAGAGAAAAAGCCCGCAAUCCCCACAAGAAACCAAGAGUGGGGGCCUAUUGAUGACCGCAAGUGGCUGCGGAACGCAUGGAAGCAAUCCAACAAAAAGACUGAAACCAGAAAACCAAUAAACUCAAAACUACAAAACCUAA